GGAGGGGAGUGCUCAUGCGCUGCGCAUAGGACGUUUUUAUCCUCUUAUUCCGAUCUCAUUCAGAUAAACAUUAAUCCAUUUCAAGACGCAGGCCUAUUUUUCACCGAAAGCAGCAGGUGCAACAGUCCUGUCUGUCUGUCUGUAUUUACAGAAGAUGUCCUCCUGCGCGCUGGUCACUGCCCUUCUGACUCUCCCUCUUGCAGUGGGUUGGGUUGUUUUGGGUGACAGAGAGGAAGCACAGCUGAUAUGUACCGGGAAAGAAUUUCAGCUGCCGGUGUAUUCCACAUCAAGGACUGUGACUUUUACACCAGAUCCUCCAGGACUGAGGCGUGUCCUCCUGGAGAAAACCACUGUAAAGGACCCACGGUUUGAGUGGACGAGGGAUAAGAUGCUGGUCCUGAAAGAGGUGACCCAUGCAGAUCAGGGACUUUACUCCAUCAAACUGUCCUCUGGAUUCACCUACGAGACCGUCCGUUUGACUGUUUCAGAGUGCAUAAAGUCCUACCAGAGGAACUACGGUGAGAACUUCGAGUACAACAUCCCUGAAAAUGGCUCCUUACUGGAGUUUUCUCCCAAGGGUGCUCCCCUAGAGGCCAUGCCCAUAGUACUGUGGGUCAAGACAGACCAAGAUACGAGUGAUGCAGGCCGUGGUCGACUAAUAAGAGGUGGAAAGGUGUGGGUAGCUGAGAGAGUGACACAAGCCGACCAAGGAAACUACACUGUGAAAGAUGGGAAAGGGAAGGUGUUGUCCCGCAGUACCCUCACUGUCCGUGGCCAUACCUUCAAUGUCACCCGCUUCACCAAGGAGUCUCUAAAUCUGCCCCUUUUUCUUCCCGUCCCUCACACCCACCUCAUAUUUACCCCAACCCGAUACCCUGAUGAAUCCUCGCUGGGCCCUUUUGACCCCAAACCCCCCCGUGGCCCCGUACAGCUGAUCCGAGAGGGCCAGAUCACUGAUCACGACAUGCGGUACAGAGGCCUCAUCUCUCUGGGCAGGAACGGCACAACUAACGAGGUUGUCAUUGUAAGGCUGACCUCAAGGCAUGAUGGGAUGUAUGAAAUCAGAGAUGGGAAUGGCAACCUGGUGUCCAUUACCUGGCUGCAGGUGAUUGAAAAGGGGGGAAGGUGGCGAGCGCUCCUCAAAUCCAUCACUGUCCCGUCCGGCAUGUUUGUUUCUCUGGCUGGUUUUAUCUUGUUUAUGAAGCGAUACCCAAACUGCAGCCUCUCACAGAUCAUCGCUGGCCUCAGGACAAACCGCAACCCGCCUGCCAACCCUCCAAGAGUCAACAUCCAGGACUAUGGCCAGCCCAGUUCUGAGCCUUCGGGCUUCUACGGUUACUCUGAGCAGUCUGGAUCACCAAGGAAAUGGACCCCGAGAGCCAGUCCUACUCAUGCUGGCUACUCUCAGGUCAUGGGCAGAACUCCACCUCGUUUAUCUCCAGCUCAUGUGAGGGCUCAGAAUGAGGAAGCCCAAAGACUGACAUCCAGGAGCUCCCCUUGUCAUAAUGCUGCUACUCAGGACCAAUCUAAUGAGGACGAGAGGAGGGUUUCCUUUUCGGUACCUGGAGCUUCAGACUGUCUCCACUCCUCUGAAGAAUGUGUUCAGUUCCAGAUCAACAAAGAUAGAGUUAAAGGAAAAUCAAACCAAUCACAGAACUACUUUUCUGCACUGCCACUAGACACAGACACCUCUGAGUCCUGCAGUGUUUACACCUCAGACAAACUGAACUUUUUAUAGAGCUAAAAAAAACAUAAAGAAAUAAAAAAAAUAAAUAAAUAAAAGGGAGAAGAAACACAACGUGCGGAAAAUUUAAAGUGAAGCUGUUAUGGGAUUGAACGACCUCACCUGUGCCUUUUGCAUCCAGACCUAGUUGUAGUGACUUGGUAUCAAUAUUGCAUGUAAUUUCUUCAUGUAAUAUAAUUUGUAAUGUCAUUUUUCAUCCGCAUGAGUAGAGCACUAGCUGUCCUGUCUCAUAUAUCCCAUUUUUUCCACACUGGCUGAUGGUGCUGCUGAACUCUCCUCCAGCCUUCCCUUGCUGUUACCUACCUCUAGACCCUCAGGACCAGUGUAAUCUGCACUGUAUGUAUGUAUUUGUCAGUGUGAAUGUGUCAUUUUUUAGAAAUUUAAGUUGUGGUUAAAAAAAAACUCCAGUAAGGAAUAGUGUACAGCCUAAGCGUUUUUAUAUCUAUCAUGUUACCUAAUUCUAACAGUAACUACUGCUAAUUAGCCUAUGAAAUGCCUGCUCUGUAUUUUUAUGGUUCUGCAACAUUACUGUAUGAAGUUGUCUUUAACCUUCAGGUAACUAGUAUUAGUUAUAUAAGUAUAACAUAUUCCUUUAAAUAAUGCAAUAGUCUAUUAAUCUCACUUCCUGUACAUAAUAUUUUGUUGAAUAAUCUUUCAGUGGAAGAAAUUGGACUGCUUGUGCUAUGUUUGCAAUAUGAGGUUCAACAGUGUGUCAGCCCUGGAAUAAUAAAAUAUAUAUUUAACACACUA